GACAUUAGAAGAGCACCAUGAUCAUCCUAGUGUGGUAAUGGGGGAUCUUCAGUCAGAUGAAGAAGAUAUCAUGAAUAGUUCUGAUGAAGAUGAUGACACAAAUUCUGAUUCCAGCAAAGGGGAGCUGGAUCCUCAGGAAGAUAAACAGAAUAAGGCAGCUGGAAAGAAAACAAAAGUUUACCAUAUUGCCAAGGAGAUCAUGAGCUCAGAGAAAGUGUUUGUGGAUGUACUAAAGCUCUUACACAUUGAUUUCCGGGACGCGGUGGCACAUGCCUCCAGGCAGCUUGGAAAGCCAGUGAUUGAGGACAGAAUCCUGAAUCAGAUCCUGUACUACCUACCUCAGCUGUACGAGCUCAAGCUUGACCAUCAAAGAAUUGCUGAUAUAUUUGUAAAGAAAGGUCCCUACUUAAAGAUGUAUUCAACUUACAUCAAAGAAUUUGAUAAAAAUGUGGCACUGUUAGAUGAACAGUGUAAGAAGAAUGCAGGUUUUGCUUCAGUGGUUAAAGACUUUGAGAUGAGCCCCCGCUGUGCUAGUCUCGCACUCAAGCACUAUUUGCUCAAGCCCGUUCAGAGGAUUCCCCAGUACAGGCUCCUUUUGACAGAUUACUUAAAGAACCUUUUAGAAGAAUCUGCAGACUAUAGGGAUACUCAAGAUGCUCUGGCUGUUGUCAUAGAAGUUGCAAACCAUGCCAAUGAUAUCAUGAAGCAGGGGGAUAACUUUCAGAAGCUCAUGCAGAUUCAGUACAGUUUAAAUGGACACCAUGAGAUUGUGCAACCGGGACGGGUCUUUCUGAAGGAAGGGACAUUGAUGAAGCUGUCCCGGAAGGUCAUGCAGCCCCGUAUGUUUUUUCUGUUUAAUGAUGCCCUGUUGUAUACUACUCCAGUUCAGUCAGGGAUGUAUAAACUUAACAACAUGCUCUCAUUGGCUGGAAUGAAGGUUAAAAAGCCAACCCAGGAAGCCUAUCAGAAUGAACUGAACAUAGAAAGUGUAGAGAGAUCUUUCAUUCUUUCAGCAAGUUCUGCUACAGAAAGAGAUGAGUGGUUAGAAGCCAUCUCCAGGUCAAUUGAAGAAUAUACAAAAAAGAGAAUCACAUUUAACCCUAGUAGAAGUCUUGAAGAGGCGGAUCCAGAGAAACGGGAGGAAAACAGUCCGCUAGGAUCAAAGGCUCCUAUCUGGAUUCCUGAUACGAGAGCCACUAUGUGUAUGAUCUGUACUAGUGAAUUCACGUUGACGUGGAGAAGACAUCACUGCAGGGCGUGUGGAAAGAUUGUCUGUCAAGGUUGUUCAUCAAAUAAACAUGGCUUAGACUAUAUGAAAAACCAGCCAGCAAGAGUAUGUGAUCAUUGCUUCAGAGAAUUACAGAAACAAGAUAACCAGUAUACUCCCAAGAGUGGAUCUCCAGUCAACCAUAAAUCUCCAUCCAGUGCCUUGUCUACCGUGUUACACAGUAUCCCAUCAGGAAGAAAGCAGAAAAAAAUUCCUGCAGCUCUCAAAGAAGUUUCAGCAAAUACAGAAGACUCUACAAUGAGUGGUUACUUGCACAGAUCUAAGGGCAGCAAGAAACCAUGGAAACACCUAUGGUUUGUUAUCAAAAAUAAGGUGCUAUACACAUACGCUGCGAGUGAGGACGUGGCAGCAUUAGAGAGCCAGCCUUUACUGGGAUUCACAGUCAGUGAAGUAAAAGAUGAAAACUCAGAGUCUAGAAUAUUCCACUUACUGCACAAAAACACUUUAUUUUACAUAUUCAAGGCAGAUGAUCCUCAUUCAGCUCAGAAGUGGAUAGAAGCUUUUCAAGAAGGCACCAUAUUAUAAUGGAGUCAGUGGCAUGUCGGCAAAUCUAAAGCAAAAUGUCUCAAGAUGAUGGAAAACACACACAGUGCAGCACUGUUGUUCAAAGAAAUGGAAUCCUGCCCUAUCAGCCUACACGAAAUUGUAUAUUUCUCAGAAUUAGGAAUUGUUGCUUUUUUAGUGCGAGAUAAUAUUUUUUAAAGAAUUGUGUGUAUUCUGUGUUGAUACAAAUGUGUUAUUUAUUAAAUUCCAAUGUUUACUUUAAUGGUCAUAAUUAUUUGUAAGGUCUGCGUUGAAACCCAAAAUGCCUAUGUCUUCAGAAUGGAAGGUGGU